AAAGCAGCGACAAUUAAUUACGUCACUAUGGCUUCAAACAAUAAUGUGAUGAAUCCACUGAGCUAUCCAAAUGACCAGAGUUUUGGUACUGGUGCCAUGGAUACAAGUACUGAGAAUGACAACUUUGAAGCUCAAGGUGCACGCAAGCCUUGGUUAAAAAGGCCUGGUGGUGCUAUUGUGAAAGUUGCUCCAGACGUUAAGCGUCGUAGAAGGAAUUAUCAAGCCAAGAAGCUUAUGAUCCCGAAAAACCCCUUGAUGAUUCUCAAUGAACUGAAGCCAGGCCUUCCCUACAACAUUUCUGAAAAAAGUGAAAACAAUCAGACCGUGUUCGUUGUGUCUGUGGAGAUUGACGGUUCAACAUUUUUGGGACAGGCCCCCAGCAAGAAACUUGCUCAGCAAGAAGCUGCAGAAUCUGCUUUGAGGGGCCUGUACUUUGACAAACUAAUGGAUCAACUUGUCAAGAAAGAAGAUGAAGACACUCCAAUGAAAGAGGAGGACAGUCAGACUGAUGCUGUUAAAAAUCAAGUCCCUGAGGAUGACACUCCAUGGAGCAGCUUGGCAUCACUAGCUAUGUUCAAACUAGCUGCUCUAUGGCAAGGUUCUACCAAACCCUUCGGGCUAGUAACUAGCCAGAACUCAUCACUGAAUCAAGGAAAGAUUCCUUCAAAUCCCUCUGAGAACUCAACUUUGAGUCCAUGUCCAAAAGGAAAGCUUCCUUCAAAUGCCGCUGAGGUUAAUCCUGUGAUGCUGUUACACCAAAUAAGCCCACAGUCUAAGUUUACUGAACAGGCAAGAGAUGUUCGUAAUGGGGCCACGGUGUUCACACUAACUGUUGAUUUCAAUGGCCAAUAUUUUUGUGGCUCUGCAACCAACAAAAAGACAGCCAAGAAGAUUUGUGCUAAAGCUGCUUUGCAAUCUUAUGGAGUUGAAUAUACCGACUAAUUUAUCCGCUUUUGGCACCAAGUCUCAAGUUCACAUAUUAUUUUAGAUUUUAUUUUAUUUUACACUUAAUCAAUUUUGGGUGUUAAGUUUCAAAACCCACUCUGAAGAAAAAUAUCUUCUCUCUUAUCUGACGUAGGAGAAAAUGUACUGUGUUUAAGUGAGUUGAGUUUACCAACUCACAUUUAGAUUAGACAGAUAUUCACUGGACACUAAUGUUACUCCUCAUCACAGUGCCCACUUAUUUUGUGUGUUCUGACUAAAAGUGACUUUGUUUUUUAUCACUUGUGGAGAGUGGGCUGCAUUCUAUUGGUUUCAAUUUAUGCCGUGAAGGAAGUGGUCAAGUUUGUAUGGCACCUCCUUUUCAUCACUGUGUUGCAGUAUUUGCCAGAUUUUUGUUUCAAUUUGAGUGUAGUUUAUUAGAAGUUAUUGAAGACUAUGUGCAUUUAAUGAUUAUGUCUAGUCUGUCAAAGGGAUAAUGUUAAGUAAUAAAAAAUUUAAAAAAAACUUGCUA